AAAAUAUUUACAAAAAUAAUGUUUUUCUUGUAAUAACUUAGCACGCCAAGCUGUUUCCAAUUGAAAUUUGUUAUUAUUAGUUAAAAAUAAAUUUAGACGUAAUAAUUAUACAGUGCCAUUCAUUCAUUUUCGUCCGUAAUUAGAGGGACGCGAUCGUAGAGAACUCCGCGAGUAAAGCGGGAAAAUGGUGUUGGCAAAGCUCCCGAGGCCGCUUCAGGUGGUCUUGCUGAUAUUGUCUGUGAGAUUGGCGUCGGUGUUUUUGGUGCAAACAUGGUAUGUUCCUGAUGAGUACUGGCAGACAUUGGAGGUGGCCCACAAACAAACAUUUGGCUAUGGAGCAUUGACCUGGGAAUGGCAGAAAGGCAUAAGGAGCUACUUGUACCCGAGUUUGAUCGGCGCCCUGUACUCUGUGCUCAAAUACACUGGACUGGACUGCCCUGAAGCUGUGGUUCUCCUUCCCCGCAUUUUCCAAGCCAUCAUCAGCACUAUAGCCGACUACAGCUUCUACAAGUGGACAGGGGGUCGCAAAUGGGCACUCUACCUGGUGCUUCUCUCUUGGUUCUGGUUCUAUACAUCAGGCAGGACCUUGGUGCAGACCCUCGAGACUGCAUUAGUGGCAAUAGCCUUGUCUAUAUACCCAUUCAAGGGGGAAAAAGUGGGCUAUUAUGACCAAGAGAGUCCGCGAUGGAUAUGGCUGGCAGUGGUGUCAGUGUUUAUCCGGCCGACGUCGGCGCCGCUGUGGCUCGUACUGGGCGUGUACCAUCUCAUGACCACCAACCAGGGUUUGCUGCGACUGCUCAUGCGGACUUACAUACCAAUACUGUUGUUAGCUGGUGGUGCUCUGGUUGCCUUAGACUCGUAUCACCACGGCAGUCUCAUCAUCACGCCGUGGGAGUUCUUCAAGUUCAAUGUGCUCAAUGAUAUCGCCUCCUUUUACGGGAAACACCCUUGGCAUUGGUAUUUAUCACAAGGUCUGCCUGCUAUCUUGGGCAUCAACCUCCUGCCAGUGCUGUGGGCAGUGGGGAAACUGGUGCGUUUCCCCGCCGAGAACAAAACAGGAGUGUUACUGCUCACCGCCGCGGCCCUGCAUGUUGCUGUGCACAGUUUCGUCCCUCACAAGGAGUUCAGGUUCGUGCUGCCCCUCCUGCCGAUCUUCCUGUAUCUGGCGCAGGACGUCAUUGUGCCGUGGAGCAGGAAAGCCAAGAAGUGGCAGCUGUACGUGAUGGCACUGGCGAUCCUGGUGGGUAACGCGGCGCCUGCGUACUAUUUCGGUACAGUACACCAGCGCGCCACCCUGCAGGUCAUGCCGCUGCUCAGAGAAGCGCUGCCCAACAACCGAUCGUCAGUCGUGUUCCUUAUGCCGUGCCACUCCACGCCGUUGUACAGCCACCUCCACAUGAACGUGAGCGCGCGGUAUCUGAACUGCGACCCGCCGUUCAACAAGCCCGGCGAGGCGUGCGAGGCCGACGCGUUCUUCAACAACCCGCAGCGCUGGUGGCGCCACGAGUACGCCGCGCGGCAGACUCCCACGCUCGUGGUGCUGUUCGACCGCCUCCGGGGACGCGUGGAGACCCUGCUGCAGGGCUACAGGCCCUUACACGAACUGCCGCACACGCAGUUCCCGGAAGGCGAAGUAGGUGAGAAGGUGCUGGUGUACCAGAAGAUACAGAGCCAGUCUAAGCCGCCCGCCGACGAGAUCGUCUAACGAACGCCACGAACAAUGUUAGUCUAACACAUUAUACUUUUCGAGAGAGUUUAAACGAGAAAUAUGUAGGAACAAAACAGGCUAUGUGCGGCCGGUAGAAUUUGAAAAUACCUGCAAUAUUCAUGUGACUUAAAUAUAUGAUAAAACUUGGUUGUACUAGAGUUAGUAUGUGUUCGUUAAAUAUCGAGUAUAUUAUGAAUAAAAGAUGUAUUCGACAAUAUUUAUAUUUUAACUUUGUCGGCAACACAUUGCUCUUUAAUCUUCUGAUCGUGACGCAAUACAUCGUGUGUCAGUGGCACUGCGUCCGCGUCACUUUAAAUUCAAAUACGUCAGUAACAUAUGAUCAAUAUUUACAUAAACCUCUAACAGUUGACGCGACGAUCGAUAGUCAAACGUUAAAAUAUUUUACAGCUCCAUAUUUUGCUAUAAGCUCAAAACACUUCCCACAUAUUUCUAGUUUAAUGAAAUAUUAUAACUUAUUGUACGAUAAUAAUUGCACUGAACGUACUGUGUACGUUGUCAUCUCUUAAUUGUAUUGACGAAAUAUCAGUCGGUCACUUUAUUUAUAAUCAGGCGCCAUACUUAGAAACACGCUGACAAUUUAAUUUAAACGAUUAAAAAUACGUUUUAUUACAAUGACAUUUUAAUUAAUGGAAUGAUUUUUAACAACUCUGUGAAUUGACAUUAUCGAUAGAAAAUAUUACUAUCGAUUCAUUUUGGAAACUAUUUUAUGGAUUUUUUGUGACCGACAGGAUUCCAUCCAAUUUUAAUAUAAGUCGACAAAGCCCUGCUGCAUUUUAAUUAAAUCUCCAAUUAAUAUGGCUAAAUAUAGUUGUUAAUACAUGGGAUGUGGUUCCAUACGAUGUGUUCGGGUUAGCGAUUAAAUAUACAAUUGUAAUUAUAAUAUAGAUGCAAUUUACUAAAUUAUAUUAUGAUGAAUUUUUAGAUACAUUUUAAACUCGUGUAUCGAUCAUUGCCUUCGAUAUACAAAUUGUUGUUGAAGUUUUUACCUAAAUAUACACUCAUAUAAAAAAUGACCCCAUUUUCAUAUAUUAUGAAGUCUUAUGUUAUCAGGAAUAUUGAGGAAUCUAAACUACAAUAUUCAGAGCCGAAACAAUAUUUGCGAGACACAUCUACUUCCGUGUGGGAUGCAUUGGCAAUUGGCUUGUUUUAAGUUAAAUAAUUUUCUAAUUUUUAAAUAUAAUCGAUAUUUAAAAAUGCUAUUUUAAUACAAUAAUAGCUGUUAUAGCUAGUGUGCAGCGCUUGAUAUCAAGGCAGCAUUGUUGCCAGUUAUUUUUUAGGCUGUUGUGAGGAAGCUAAUGGUGAAAACUUCAACAAAAUAUCAAGUGUAAUUAUAUUGACGCGGGAAUAUCUGAAGGCGUGUACUUAUUGUAAUCAUCACAACUUGUUUCGUCUAUAGUUAAUAUAUGAUGUAAUGAAUUCCCUUUUUGUUCCUAGUUUUAUGUGGGUUACCAAGGUAUAUGCAUUUUCAUAGUAUUUAGCGUGAGAUCUGUGAAAUGAACUUCGUUUUAACCAGUCCGAGUCCUAAAAUCAGUUCAACUUGUUACACGCAGUCUUUUUCGAAAUAUAAAAAUAAAACAAAAAACGACUAUUCGAAAUUUAAAACUGCUUGGAAUAGACAAUUAUAAACUGUUUUUUGAUUCGGUCUUAAACUUAGGAUUUAUUGUGUAAGUCAGCCAUAGAGGUUAGAACGCCUUCAGAAGUUCCCAAUAAAUGAAUGUAUGAAUGAGAAUGAAUAUAAUUAUUUAAUAAUAAUUCGCCGUUUCACAGCUUUUAUCCAUGACUGACAUUAGGUUGCUAGUGCACAGCAUCGUACAACUUGCCAAAGUUAAUGUUUAACUACUAACAACAAGUCCAUAGACAAUUGUAUCUGGCAACCGAAUUUGUGGGUAACUGCAUCCACCGAAAACAUCAUCAUUGUAGAUUUAAGUUCUUGCCAUCUUCAAGUAAGACCAACAAUUUAAAGUGAAUUUGUGAUAAAGUUUAGUAUAAUGCGAACAGUUACAUUUAUUUAAUUUUUUUUUGACAAACGGGUUUUCCUAUAGUUGUCAUAAAAUUAAAAGAAAUAGAAGUUAAUAAACGGUAGUGUGGAACUUGGCUUAACAGCCAACAGCUUGAAUAACUUCAAGCUUGUAACAUCAAUGCCUUACACAUUUUCACGAUAAUCUUGCGUAUCGUAAAGCAAAUUAGACUAACUAGCUGACAUUAAAUAAGAAAAAAUCUGGAAUAUAUAAGCCACAAAAAUAUAUUUAUGCUCUUCUCGCGUAAAGGUCUUUUUUUAUACCAUAAAGGCUGGCAUCACAUCUAAAUUCGUAGUUGUAUGUGACCCGUACACACAACUACGAAUUUGGAUAUUUAAAAUCGCGUCGAUUGUUCUAAAACGAAACAACUGCUUUAAAUGACAUUAGGUACACCUUUCGAAUAAACAAACCAGUGUUAUAAAGAAGGAUUAAUAUUACAGAUCGUGAUUAAUGUUUUUGUGCUAAUAGUAUUUCCAUAUUCCAAACAUUAACGCUUACUUGAAGUCGGUGAAAAAGAGAAUUAUAAUUGGGUUAUUAAUUAUUAUUAAUUGUAAUGUCUAUGGAGUUAAUUCGCAAUAAUAUAGAUUUUAUUUAAAUUAAUUUCUUAAUAGAUUUAAGAGUAGCAUAGCGCUCGACUAUGGCGAUGCUCAAAAUGUAAAGACAUAAAGUAUUUUUAGAUCUCUUUAUGUUUUAUAAACUUACAGUUUUGUUACAUUUUUUGUGUUGUAACCAACCGGCUGCGGAAUAGGGUAUUUGACUCUGUUUGAUUUUAUGCAAUUUUAAUAUGUAACAGCAACCAGUACAAAAGAGAAAUCCUAUGAAAACAGCACUAAAAUUCGAUAAGAAAUGAGGCAGUAACUUAAAUUUCAAAUAUUGCUACGUGCGGGAGUGGGCGUGGAGUGAGGAUAUCGCUCCAUCUCUUUCUUUCGCACGCAUUGUAAUGGCCGGUGACGUCACAUGCAAGUAUUUCGUCUCUUUUCCGUUUUUUGAAACCCUUAUUACCAAAUUUCAGUACCUUACAAUUUGUUGAUUUGUCAUCAGAUUUCAAUGAUUUCUUUUGUUUUAGAAUUUAUACGACGAACAUAUUUUAUAAAAGUUUUAAAAAAAUAAGUCAAAUACCCUAUUAUCAAUAAAAUUCCAUGAUGUGUUGUUUAUUACCUGUCGAAUAAAAGAAUAAAGCCUAUUGAUUCGUCAUUAUAUUUAUCUAUAUAAUUUAAUUCUGAUUUAAAAUUACAGUAAAAAGAUAUCGAAUAAAUAAAAUGUUUAAAUACAAAUAUUGUUCUAUAGGUUAAAUAAAAUUUUAUCUUUAUUGAUUAGUGUCAAAGUAUUGCCAAUUAUUAAUAUUUGUAAUAGUGACAAUUCUCUUAUGCUGCCAAUGUUGUGACUUGAUAAAUGUACAUAAGAUACUAUAUAUCGUGGUGUGUUGUGCUAUAUAACUUGGUGUAGAUAAAUUUACCUAGUUACAGUAUUUACAGGAAUGAAAAAGUACGUAAUUUUCAAAUCAUAAUUUUCUUAAAGAAUACCGAAGUCUAAUCUUCUUAUUUUUAAAAUACAGACAUCGUAAGGUAAUACGAUAUUUGUGUUUAGUUGAGCGAUAAAAAUGCUUAAUAGUGUGUUCACAGAAGACCCUGACUCUAAAAUAAUUAUUGUGUCGUUGGUCUUCAGAAUUAUGUAUUUGCAGUCCGUUAAUGCAGACUCCAAAUAUUUGCGGAUCAGAAAUGUUCUUGAUGCGAAAAUCUAUUCAAAGGCAUUUUUUCCCAACCGACUAACCGCCGUUUUCAUUUGUCGAUCCCAAUCGUCUUUUUCUAACCAUCGCGAAAAUAGACCAAUCAGAACAAAGUAUUUUUGGCAUGCUUAUAAAUAUGGUAUUUUGAUUGGUUAAUCCAGGAUCGGGUCGAUAAAAACAACUGUCAACCUGCUAUGGACAUUGUAUACACAUUACUCGCGGCCGGAAUUAAAAUAUUUCUCGAAUAAAAGGCUGUGCACGUAACAAAGAUAAAAACUAGCUAUAAUUAUACAGUUGUGUUUUUAUCUAAAUCUAUUCAGCGAGAUUCUCUAGCCAAACUUUACAAAUCUUCAUUUAUAAAGUAGGAUGUGUUCGCACAGCACACCGGGACGAAGUUUUUUUAAUUUAAAUUUUUGAGCGUUUGUCCUAAGUUAGGUGGUUGUUUUACUAUUUAAGCAAACCGGAAUGUCUUUACAGACGCGUGUGGAUUUUAAAUAAAAACUUUAUUUUUA